AACUGAAAAGAGAAUUUUGUUAUCCAAGUUGUUCCAUUUUUUUCCAAUAAACAAGACAAAGAAAAGGUAUAGUGGUGGUUUGGUUGGAUGGCAAAGACAAGUUGACGAGGUCGUCAGUCAGGGUCAAGUUCGGAGUUCUCAUUCAUUGCCGUCUCUAAAAUCUCUUCCAAAUCAAUUUUCCAACCUCAUAUAACCCCCAAUUUUAUCUUCUUCCAUCACCUUCUUCAACUUCGAUUUCAGCAAUUUUUUAAAUCGAAAAAAAACCGUUUUUUUCUUCCUCGUAAGAUUAUCAUCAUUAUCGUAUCAUGUCUCUGAAAACGUCGAAUUCUUCGGAGAAACCGAUGCUUCCAUUAUCGGAUCCUCCCAAAAACCAAAUCGAUGACAAACUUUUCAAAGGCUCUGCUAUGACCAAACGUGGUGCCUACGCUGCAAUCUCGUAUAUGUCUUGCGCUGUUUUGUUGGUGAUGUUCAAUAAAGCAGCUCUUUCAUCUUAUAACUUCCCAUCUGCAAAUGUAAUCACACUUCUUCAGAUGGUUUCUUCAUGUUUUUUUCUUUAUAUAUUGAGGCGCUGGAGGAUAAUUAGUUUUACAGCAAGUGAAUCUUUACUUAUAUCAGAUAAUUCAACAAAAUUUGUAUCACUCAAGACGUUGAAGCACACUUUUCCUUUGGCCGGAGCAUAUUUACUUUACAUGCUAGUCACGAUGGAGGCUGUUCGGGGAGUAAAUGUUCCAAUGUAUACAACUUUGAGGAGGACUACAGUGGUAUUUACAAUGCUUGUAGAGUUUGUUUUGGUGGGGCAGAGGUAUACACACUCUGUCGUUUUCAGUGUUGGCUUGAUUGUGUUUGGUGCGUUUGUUGCGGGAGCUCGAGACUUAUCUUUUGACACUUAUGGAUAUUCCGUUGUUUUCUUGGCAAAUGUCACCACAGCGAUAUAUCUGGCUACCAUAGCCCGCAUUGGAAAAACAAGCGGGCUUAAUAGCUUUGGCCUUAUGUGGUGCAAUGGUAUCCUUUGUGGGCCAGUUUUACUCAUCUGGACAUUUAUUCGCGGAGACUUGAAGACAACAAUAGAUUUUCCUUAUCUCUUUUCACCCGGUUUUCUCGUUAUUUUGCUUUUUUCAUGCAUACUGGCAUUCUUCUUGAAUUACAGUAUAUUUCUGAACACAACUCUAAAUUCAGCUUUAACACAGACAAUUUGUGGUAAUAUGAAGGAUCUAUUUACUAUUGGAUUUGGCUGGAUAAUUUUUGGUGGGCUACCAUUUGAUUUUUGGAAUGUAAUUGGACAAUUUCUCGGUUUCACUGGAUCUGGUUUAUAUGCUUACUUUAAGCUCAUUGGCAAAUAACUUUUAUUCAAGUUCUCUAGACGAACAUGAAGUCUUUUUCGAUGAGGAAAAAACACUUCAUUCAGUCAUUUAAAUGUGGUCAUCAUGAUUCCGUUGAAAAAUGAGAAUCUGAAUCAAACUCGGUUCUGUGGAACAUGUGAUUGACCAAUGUCUAGGUAGUUUUGUUAUAUAGUACAAGUUGACGACACAGAUAUUUUCUUAGGAAGAAGUAUAGUUCUACUGUUAUGGCUUUAGUGUAAUAAAACCUUUAUUAUUUGAUUUUGUAGUAUAUUUACUCAUUGCAAAUUGUGAAUCUUGUUCAUUACUUUCUUUGAAACUGUUGACAAACACUGUAUUAUAACCGUGAUUCAUCUUUGGGAAAGAAUUUUCUGGAGAGAAUUUAUCAAUUGAUUUCAUGAUGUCCCAA